CGAGCUGCGAUUGGCUCUUAAAUCCGUUUCCUCAUAGCAUUACAAUACAUAAAAGAAACGAAAUUAUGAGUUAUUCAGAAUAUACAGUUGUUCUAGCGAUUUAAACAUGAUGCAUAUUUUUGUUGUUUGGUUUGCGGUAUUGGGAGUAUCUGGCGCAUACAAGUGUAUGGAUCCUCCAGAAAUGCAUUGGCCUGAUAGGGUCAGAAUAUGUGAUGGAAACUUUAAAAAUAAUCUUGGAUGUGAUGAUAAAAGAUUAACGUAUAACCAUGAUAUAAUAGAAAGCGCUCUUCAAGCUGACAGAGAUCUCCUAUCCUUCGUUGAGGAUUCAUGUAAAAUAUACUCUCCAGAACUUCCCCUUGAAUAUGAGCAAUGUCCAAUUGAUGGCGGAGAUCUUGGAAAAACAUUAGGGAGAUGUGAGAAGGUUUGUGAUGGCGAAUAUGUUAAUGUUACAGCUGUAAAUGUGCAAAUGGUGGAUGAAAGAACAAAAGUGUCACGUUGGAGCAAGUGUUAUGUUAUACGUCCAUGGGAACAGAAAGUCUACUACAUGAACUGCAGAAGUGAUAAACCUACUUUUGCAAGCAGUACUAGUUCAUUUAAGUGUGUUCCAGACAAUUUCAUCAGACGUAGGGUUGCCGUAUUUUGUCCAGAAUUUAAAGAACACCAAUGUCAAAAAGUUGACAUUGAAUUACCCACUAACUGUGCUGCAAGUCGAUUUGAAUGUGUUAAACCGAAGAAAUCAAAGCAACAAAACGUAGACAGCUUCUUUGAUUCUUUGUUUUUGUAGUUAGUUUUUUUUUUUUAAGAACAAUCCGCACGGCGUGCUGUAGUUCAAAUCUUACGGUGUCAUCAAAACCAUUCUGAAAAGAAGAAAAAAGAUGAAAUGCUUUAAGUUUUGAACCUCACAGAUUUGAAAAAUUUUGAUUUUCUUUUUUAAAUCCAUGCAGACUGUGAUUUUUAGUUGUUUUUUGUAAUAUUGUUCAUUUCAUCAUCAUCCAUUAUGCCAUGUUCUUUUUAUAUUGACUUAUGUGAAAAUAAAAAAACAAUAACUUUA